CCAGAUGGAGCUUAGUGCUAAACCCUCAAACAGCUUAUCGGAACAAACUAAUUCCCGCCUCUUUGCUAGUAGAAGCAACGUAAGCUCUUUGGUUUAGGACAGCUGUAUCUGUAAUAUGGUGAAUGCAGCUGUCUCGAAGCCAGUUCGCCAAGACAUUGGAAAGACAACCACAAAUUGUUCACAACACCAUUGUCGUGAACCCAAUUUCGUUUCUUUCAUACCAAUCGCUAGAAUUCGGAGUCGCUCAUGAUCGAGCACUCCCUGCGGUAAGGUUUUCAUCAUGAAGUCGGUCGCAGCUUUCGCGGUCGCGUUUCUCUCCCUGCUUUCAUCUACCACAGCCGACGCCAACGCUGCUGGCCCGUCAGUGUCGAAAGUCACUUUGCCCUCAACCUUUAAGCCUGUGCCGGCCUUUCAGAAUGCGAAUUUGGUUCAUGUCAUUUCUCUGGAGAAGAACUACGCCAAAGAGUCCAUCAACGUUGUGAUCGAAAAUGUCUCCAAGGAGCCCCAAAGUGAAUACUUCCUGCCAUUCACUGGCGAGCAAAUGGAGAAGAUUGGCGGACUCGAAGUAAAGGACCGCAAGGAUACCACAAACAGAGGCUUCAAGAUUGACGCCGUAGAAUUUGACCCCUUGAGCGACAUACAGUACUUCCGAAUCCAAUUACCCAAGGCGCUCGAGCCUAAGGCUCAGCAAACCCUCGGCAUCACUUACUACGUUCUCAAGGCUUACACUCCUCUCCCGGCCACCAUCGAACAAACUGAAAAGCAGUACCUCGUUUACCCCUUCUCAGCAUAUGCUCAGUCAGCCUAUCCCACCUUGAAGCAGAAGACCGAGGUCAAAUUCCCUACAACCGACAUUCCCGACUAUACAAAGAUUGCAGGCAGUGGAGAUAUCAAGGAGUUCCCAGAGAAGCAAGGCUCCAAGCUGACAUAUGGCCCCUUUCCAGAGGUUCCAGCCGGCGCGGUCUCUCCGGUCUUGGUCCGUUUUGAAUUUACAAAGCCUGUUACGCACGUCUCCCACUUGGAGCGAGACGUGGAGGUCAGCCAUUGGGGUGGAAAUGUUGCCUUUGAAGAGCGUUACACCCUCUACCACCGUGGAGCCAACUUAUCCACGCUCUUUAACCGGGUCAAGUGGGCUCAGUCGCAGUACUUCAACCCCCAGAGUUAUGCCUUGAAGGAGAUCAAGUUCAGUCUGCAGGGCGGAAGCAAGGAUGCCUACUUCACGGAUGUUAUUGGCAACGUCUCUACAUCUCGAUUCCGCACAAACAGACGCGAGGCCUCCCUCGAGAUCAAGCCUCGAUACCCCAUCUUCGGUGGUUGGAAAUACCCAUUUACCAUUGGCUGGAACUCCGACUCCAAGACCUACCUGAAGAAGAAAUCUGGUGACGGCUAUCUCCUCAAGGUUCCAUUCCUUGAGGGCCCUAAGCAGGCAGAGGGCGUGGAAUAUGAGCAGAUCUACCUGCGAGUUCUUCUGCCUGAAGGCGCUGAGAACGUCAAAUACUAUACCUCUAUCCCUGAGUCAUCCAUUACUGAGUCUACUGUCGACCGCCAGAAGACAUAUCUAGAUACCCUUGGCCGCACGGUCCUAACGAUCAAGGCUCGCAACGUCCCCGAUGAUUUCAGAGAGCGUGAGUUGUAUGUUUCGUACGACUACUCAUUCAUUGCAAGUCUCCGGAAGCCUUUUGUCAUCUUCGGAAGUGUUAUGGCUGUGUUUGUCGGAACGUGGUUGCUCUCUCAGAUCGAGGUUAAGAUCUCAAGUAAAUAAAACAAACGGUGGAGAUCUGUAACUGUAUGUAACGGUACGAAAAUGGCAAUGCUUUCUUGAUACCCAGCAGUAGGGUUAGAAAAUAGAGGCCGAAUGAAAUGAUGAUUUAGUCCUG